AAGCGCAUCCUAUCUGUGACAGCAACCUUGGUUCUUUUUUGCUCUCAGGUUUUGCUCUUCGGGUCUUUCGGGGCGCUUUGUACCCUGGUGUCUUAUGCUAUCUUGCGCUUGGACAAUGUUCAGGCUGAGCUAGUUCACCAUGACCUCGGACUCGUCUUUAUAUCGACCGACCGAGUCUCUCAUCCUACCGAACAAGCGACGCUUCAUUCCCUUCAAAAUCCCGAACUUUCACACCCAGCUCCGCCACUACAUCAGCACCGCCGAUCCCGAUCGCAUCUAUGUAGUUGUCGAGAGAAUCGUGUGGGCCAUUCACAUCUCCACGCAGUGCUCGGAGAACAUAGCUGUCAUUCCGUUCGAGCCGCGAUGCUUGGCGGCUGGCUUUGGGUGGAUCGCGGUGGGGGGUCCCGAGAAUGGAGAAUGCGCCUUCAUUAAGAUCGGUGAGAGCGGGCUACAGGUCCAUGGCGAGGCAACCUCUCAUCAACCCGCCGAUGUGGACAGUGCACUUCCACUCGACCUUGAGCCGCCGUCCGGGCUGUCGUCGCCCGGGACUUCACACGGCGGCUCGGCGCCAGCAACUCGACGUCCCGGUCGGAGGCUCUUGCCGGAAUUCGAGCUUCACAAGUUUGGAGGCAGCAUCGUCAAUUCCGUGACCAUCCAUCGCUUCCCAGGAAAUGGACAGGGGGUCUCCGAUGAAGAUGUUGUAGUAUUCAGUAACAACGACCGAACCGUUACGGUGUAUUCGCUCACCCGCUCGAAGGUUCUGAAGGUUCUUCACCAUCCGACCUGUAUGAACUAUGCCGCUAUAUCCCCCGAUCAUAGGCUACUUGCCGCAGUAGGAGACGAGAACCGCGCUUAUUUCUAUGAGAUCACCCGCGAUCUUGAGGCGCUGAUGACAACGGAUUCCGGUGAGAAGCUCGCAGGAUGGGGGUGGGAUUUGGCUCAGUGUGUUGAAAUGGACAUUGGCCUGCGGGCGGAUGACGCGUGUUGCUUUACCAUCGCCUUUUCACCCUCGAGUCACUUAUGUGCUAUCGGAUCCCAGUCUGGUAUCAUCACAGUUCUGAACGUUGAGAUGAUUCACAAUACCGCCGGUGAUGAGGCAACCGAUAUGCCUGUGAUUUGCCAAUUUCCGGCCUCCCGGUCCUGCCCCGAAGGAGGCGCUGUGCGCUGCAUGACAUUCUCACCUGAGCCGUGGGAUCUUUUGGUAUGGUUGGAAAGCCAUGGGAGAGCUGGAAUUGCAGAUGUUCGUCAGGCUUUCUUGCGCCGGCAGAUACUACACUUGGACGCCGACGACUCGCAGCUUCAGCAGGUCCGCCUAAGUCCCAAGACAGACGGAUAUGAUAGUCCGCAGAUGGAAGAAGACGAUCUAGAAUUCACACCGCGAGUAGGGCUUGAUGUCGAUGAUUCUCCAAACGAGCGGGAUAGGCCCGAAACGGAACGGUCUUCGCUCCGCGAGACUUUGAUUUCAAAUCUCACAGAGCGCGAGAGACUGAUCAUGGAGUUCCUGAACACGGCUCGAUGGACCUCAAGAGUCGAAGAGGGGCUGACGGAGCGACCAGAAAGGCCACCCAGAGCCACUCUACAUCCUCCCCCUGCAGCACGUCCGCGACAUCAUGGUUCCACGGAUGGGUCCACUCGAUCACCCCGUCCUACUUCUCCCCCAUAUCUUCAUGAAUCUUCUGAUUUAUCUCGGAGCAGUCAUCUGGGACGUACACACCAUCCCAGACGUCAAAGCUCGGUGGUGCUGUCUCAGGGAAGCCGAUCAUCUGAAGCGGGAAGCUCCAAUCACGAUCGCCAGCCCGGUCUCACUCUCACCUACACUACGUCGCCUUCCGAGCUCCGAUCUACCUCGGACGCCACAUCUCAGCACGCCGAUCCAGAUCCUGCCAUCCAUGAAACUGGCAUGCUCCCCGAGAUGAGAGCAUCGCCCUCACCCCCAGUGCCAGCCUUUGAUCUCGGUCUUUCCCCAGAGGCAAUGCGCAUUCUAGCAAGAUCCAGAUCUACUCCCCGACGGCACGAGCCACCGCAUCCCGGUGCAGAGAGGCGCUAUGACACAUCCCGUCUCUCCAAUUACGAGAUCAGAGCUAAUGUUGCGGCGGAGCGUCUUCGACGCCAGCGUCAGAUUGCCAAUGAGGUACAUAACCGCUCCUUUGAACGGGAACAACGGCAUCGCCAACAGCUUCUUGGUUUUGAACAGACCCAUUCUCCCCGAUGGAUCCGGAACAUCAUCAACGACCUCCCGGACCGAAGCCUUAUCCACGGCCCUGGCGCCGAAGAGCCUGAUGCCACCGCAGGCGUCGGCUUUGGCGCUGAUGGCAGAACACUGUACAUUGCGACCCUGGAGGGAAUAUUUGAGUUCCAACUCAACGUUCAUGAUCGAAAAACUUUCCCGGUAUUCUCGUACCGCUGA